AUGGCAGCGCAGGUUGGAGCCCCAGGGACGCAGAUACAGGUCUCGGGAGAUAUCCAGGUCGUAGACGAUUUGUGGCUUUUGGCACCUGUUGGAGUAGUCAUAGUCUCGCCAUGUUCUCCAACACCGUGCAGCGACAUCACCCAGGACUUCAAUGGCACUGGUCGUCAAGCUGCCCUGCUGCUGCCAACCAGCGAGCGGUUCGGGCUUCGUGUGGAGCUUCCUGCAUCCUGGGACUCUGGACGCAACGACUGGGUGGCAGUCGUUCCUGCACAGGGAAGGCUUGAUGGCGUCAAGGCGAAAAUGUGGGCCUCUGACAACAGCGUGUCCCUGCGUGCUAUGCCCGCGAGCGUAACGUAUCCAGCUGUCGCGUUGACAUUUUCGGUGGAUCUUGCAGUGAGUCUGAGCCCUGGAGCUGCUGCUCUGGCCCUGUUGGGAAGUGCUUCCCAAAGCUACAUCCAGGUCCAGGCUCCUGUCGGCUACACGCUUCGCUGUGGCGGCUUCCGCUCCUCGCUUCCGGACUCGGCCAGAGUGGACUGCCAGGUGGGGCCUGGACCUGGCGAAGCUGUCCUUGGCAUUUCAAACGUGGAUCUGAAUGCUGCCGGCACGCUCCACUUCAGCUUUGGCUUGGACACGCCUGCUGCAGAUCCAAGCCCAAAUUUGUUUAGCAUUGCACUUCGAGAUGCCAGCAAUGUGACCCUGGAUGCUGCGAUGGCUGUUCCAGGCAUGCACAUUCCACAAGCCCGAGUGGAAGCAUUCGUUUCCUUGUUGGUGGUGGACUUUGAAAACGUUGCCCGACUCCAGGCAUGGGGCGAGGCAGCGCAGGAGCUUGGUGUACUUCGCGGCAGCAUAGCUGCUGCCCUGAAUAUCGGCGAGGAAGGCGUUUCCGUGGACUACGUUCAGGCAGUGCUUGGCAUCAGCGACGCGCGGAGAUUGCAGAGCAGCGGCGUCGUGGCGGGCCAGCUGCAGGUGAACUUCUCUGCCUACUCCAACCUGGUCCAAUUGGCAGAGCUGUCGGAUCGCAUCGUCGUGGGAGGCUUCGCGGCGGGACUUCAAAGCGAGCUGGGUCCACGCGCCAUUGCAGCCGGUCUCGUCGAGCUGCAGGUCACCGGUGCCUCUGUGCCUGCCACACCAGUUCCCAGCCAGCCUCCAAAUGUCACCACCCCGACGCUGCGCUGGAGCAGCGCAGAUGCGAAUAGCACGGGCACCGUGUCUGUGAACCUGAUCUUCCAGAGGUCCACAUCAGCCAUUCGAAUCUGA